AUGUCUAGCGCUCGUUCUCGAAAACGGCGGCGCUCAGAGGCUUUCGCGGACCCAGUAACUAUCGAAACGGCACCAAUUGAGUACCUGGAGGACCCAGAAAUCCAAUCUGAUGACGAGGAAAAGGUGCCGGACGACGAAACUGACGAGGCGCGACAAAUACGCCUAGAGAAAGAGCAGGAAGUUUGGAAGGCUGUAAGAGAGGAGCAUUUUGAAGUCGUUGACCAGCUCGCGCUGACGGCGCAGAGGCAAAUAUCCCUGACUAAGGAGCUCGACCAACAGUCUCACGACUAUCAGAAGAAACUCCAAGAUACAAUCCGACUUUAUAUCGCCCAUCGCCGUGCAGUGGCCUCAAGUCAAUCUCAGAAUAUCGAAACCCCCAAUGCUGCCACAGACUUCAGCAUGAAUCUUUCUUCUGACCCCGUUCCUGCCUCGGAUGCCGCUUCUCAAAAUGCCGCUACGGACGCGCAUUUACCUGGUACGCCUCUGCGCAAUCAACUGGCCGUUGGUACGCCUCAGACUCCGGCUACACCGUUUCUACCACAAGAAUGCGUCAAAGAGCCUAAAAACUCUCGAGAGAUGCUGGGCCAAAUUGCGUGGCUGAUUGAGGAACUGGUUAAAGCUGGGGAAGAAAAAGUUAACCUCGCUGAGACCACCUACAGUGCUGUCAAACGGCAUAUUCGCCUCAUUGAUCAUGCUAUAGCCGAACAAAGGGCCUCUAUACAGAACGGAGCACAAGCCUAUCUGGAGAAAGUGACUAUGCCUGAGAAAUGGUCCAGCCGACCCCAGAAUGUUAUGAGUGAUGAUUCUGAAGAUGAGCUCCCCCUUCCGCCGAGUGUCGAGCCUGAAAUUAUAGCCCCGCCGGAACCCACCACUGCGCGACGUGGAAAGAGAAAACACAGCACAGCACCUGCUGAGGAGCAGUCAACCAGCCUGAAGAUCACUCUUCCUGCUGCUCCUAUUACGUACACGCCAGAGUCUACAGAUCCUGACGAGCCUAAAUAUUGUUACUGCGAGCGUAUUUCCUUUGGAGAGAUGAUAGCAUGCGACAAUCCACCUUGUAAAAUCGAAUGGUUUCACCUCAGUUGUACCGGUUUGACGGAGGUUCCCUCUCAGUCAAAGAAAUGGUAUUGCGAUAACUGCAAAGCUAGCAGGAAAAGCGGGAAGCGCAAACGUUGA